AUGUCAUUCAGAAGCGAAAGUAGUGCCGCUGAUCAGUCGAUCUCGAGUUUGCCUUUUACGGCAUCGUGUAAACGAGCUUUCCUGUCAUCGGAUGUUGUCGAUGACGUGUGCUGUCUUGCUAUUGCUCGUGAAGAUGGACAAGUAUUAACAUUUCGAAUUCCUAAUUGGUCCACUUUAACAGGAACAUCGAAGGAUAAUCUACAGGCCUACUGUAAAGAAAGGGUCCAUGUUGCGAGAAUGAACUAUCUUUUCUCGCAAGCCACAAUGACGGGCUCUGAUGACGAGUUUUUGAGAUUGAUGAAAUCUUUUGAGAAUGUGAAGGAUCAUAACUUGGUUGGAGAAAUCUGCUUUUCCGGUGCUGUAACAUUCGAGAACUACGAGAGAAUAACCAACCUUUUGACGUAUGCGAAAAAAAGAGCUAUAACC